AGUGUGCUGAGUACAGGGCUCCAUUUGUGUGCAUCAAACAUUUGCUUUUAUGGCUUUCUUGAGAUACUGUCUGUUAGUAAUAAAAGGUUGAUUUAAUGAGAUAAAUGUGCAUUUUUCAAAAAUGAUGUCUAUUAAAGAGGAGAAAGAAGACUUGAGUGAUCCAGAGACACAGCUAAUUGAAAAUGAAGAUAAUGAGGAAAAAAGAGACUUGAUGGAGGUGGAGGUGGAAGUGGAAAAUCAAGAGCUGAAUGACGUGGAGGAGAAACAGCAGUGUUAUAAAUCUGUGAAUUUCAAAACUAGUGAAAAAUCUCCCAGCUCACAGUCAAAAAAAAAACUCUCACAGAAAACAAACCAUAGAACAAGAACAAAAAAUUCAAUCACAUGCCCACAGUGUGGAAAGAGUUUCACUAAAAAAGGAAACCUUAACACUCACUUAAAACUUCACUCUGGAGAGAAGCCUUUCAUAUGCCCUCAGUGUGGAAAGAGUUUCUCACUUAAAGGAAACCUAAAGAGUCACAUGAUGAUUCACACUGGAGAGAAGCCUUUCGCAUGCCCUCAAUGUGAAAAGAGUUUUGCAAUAAAGCCAGAUCUUGAGAGACACCUGAGAAUCCACACUGGAGAGAAGCCUUUCACUUGCCCUAAGUGUAUAAAGAGAUUCACACAAAAAGAAAGUCUUAAAAGACACCUAAGUCUUCAUUCUGUAGAGAAGCCUUUCACAUGCCCUCAGUGUGAAAAGAGUUUCACACAGAGAAAACAGCUUGAAGUUCACAUGAUAAUCCACACUGGAGAGAACCCUUUCACUUGUCAUCAGUGUGGAAAGUGUUUCACACAAAAGGGAAACCUUAACACUCACUUAAAACUUCACUCUGGAGAGAAGCCUUUCACAUGUCCUCAGUGUGGAAAGAGUUUCUCACUUAAAGGAAAUCUAAAGAGUCACAUGAUGCUUCACACUGGAGAAAAGACUUUCACAUGCCCUCAAUGUGGAAAGAGUUUUGCAAUAAAACAAGAUCUUGAGAGACACCUGAGAACUCACUUCGGAGAAAAGCCUUUUACAUGCUCUCAGUGUGGAAAGAGUUUCACACAAAAAGGAAACCUUAACACUCACUUAAAACUUCAUUCUGGAGAGAAGCCUUUUACAUGCCAAUGUGGAAAGAGUUUCUCACUUAAAGGAAACCUAAAGAGUCACAUGAUGCUUCACACUGGAGAGAAGCCUUUCACAUGCAUUCAGUGUGAAAAAAGUUUCACAGUGAGAAAACAGCUUGAGGUUCACAUGAAAAUUCACACAGGAGAUAACCCUUUCACCUGCCAUAAGUGUGGAAAGAAUUUCACACAAAAAGGAGAUCUUGAGAGGCAUCUGAGAACUCACACUGGAGAGAAGCCUUUCACAUGCACUCAGUGUGGAAAGAGUUUCACACAGAAAAUACAUCUUAAGAGGCACCUGAGUCUUCACUCUGGAGAGAAGCCUUUCGCAUGCAUUCAGUGUGGAAAGAAUUACACAGAGAAAGGACAGCUUGAGAUUCACAUGAGAAUUCACACUGGAGAGAAACCAUUUACCUGUCAUCAAUGUGGAAAGAGUUUUACACAAAAAGGAGAUCUUGAGAGGCACCUAAGAAUUCACACAGGAGAGAAGCCUUUCACAUGCCUUCAGUGUGGAAAGAGUUUCACUCAGAAAAUACACUUUAAGAGUCACCUAAGUUUUCACUGUGGAGAGAAGCCACUGUCUCUUUUCUCUAAUGACCCUCCAACGGAGAUUGUUCUGCCCCUUUGCUGUGGUGCCACUAUGGUGGAGAAGUCUGCAACCCCACCCCCAACUGACGUAGCAGCCUCUGUGGAUACCAGACAUAAAACAUUCCCUUAGAGCAAUGAUGUCUGAAAUGUAAAGAUGUACAAAUCACAUCCUUUAGCAUUGAUUUCAACAGAAAUUGCAGUGGUGUUACAAAUCCCAAAGAAUGGGUGAGUAGAGAGCAUGAUGAGUGAUUUUUUAGAAUGAUUCUUAGGCUCUUUUUACGCACAGAAGCAAACAUGUUAAACUAUAAAGUGCAAGAUCUCAAUUCAAGUGCAAAAAUUAGCGAGUUAUUUGUAUUUGCAUUGUUGUAUUUUUGAUGAUUUAUUGGUGUCAGAUUGAGAUUAGUGGUUGACCAAUAUAGGUAUUUUUAAUGGUUGAUGCUGAUAUCCAGAGUGCAGGGUGGCCGAUAGGAGCAUAUAGAAGAAUUGAACAUGAAGAAAUUGUUAAUAUAUUAGGAAGAAGGAAAUAACAGUAAACACAUUAGUCCAGCAACCAUGGAUUGCAUGUCCAUGUUAGCAAUUGCAUUUUCUCAAAACAUAUUACAUCAAACCAAUUGUACAUGCAGUGCAUAGUGAAUAAGAAAUGUACUCAUAGCGCAUGUGACGUGUUUUUACUAUGAAGUUGCAUUCACAUGUUCUGACGCAAUCUCCUGACAGUUGAAACAGCCUGGAUCGCAUGCUUGAACUGUUAUUUGCUGCAUCUGAAACCAGGAAAAUGCUACCUUCGAAGGCUGUUUAUGGAGACAGGAUGAAAAUUAAGCAGCAAGUCAGCUGCCUACGUUUCGGAUGCAGCCAUGGAGUGGCCAUCAUGAUUUGUGAAUCAGAGGAACUUUUGAUCCUGAACUUUUUGAUUCUGGCUGAUAGAAUACGCACUUCAGAGGAUGAUAUUAGAUGAGAAGAAAAUGCUGGAUAUUCGUGAGGCUCAUGAAUUACAUCUAUUAUACUGUAUACUGCAAAUAUGCAGAUAUCUAGUUUAAAAAUAAGUUUUAUUGAUAUUUGCCUUUUAUCAUUAGAAAAGUUACAGGGAACUGUUGAGGAGAGGCUGAUAGAAUACAUGCUUCAGAGGAAGAUUUAUGAGCGUUCCACGGGAUGCUUGAUCUGCUCAAGUUGUGUGAGGUUGGUUUAUUACAUCUGUUUAAAUGAGAUAUGUGCAUAUUUGCAGAUGGUAUAUGAUAUUAUUUUUUAUUGAUAUUUUAUUCCUUUUAUCAUUAGACAAAACAGUUAAAAUGUAUAGGGAACUGUUGAGGAGAGAGAGGGAGAAUUUUAACACCAGUCUAUUUUUGUAUUAACACGAUGGCAUGUAAUAACAAAGCAAACCAUGACUGGUCGUUUACAUGUCUCGGAUGCUUCGCAUGCAAGCAGGUGAUUCUCCGCAACCUCAAGAAACAAAUCAGCCAAAGGGGAAAAAAAUUCAGAAUAUCAGGCGAUAUAUCGGCCAACAACUAAUUAAGAUUAGGAUAAGUAGUCCACUUUGAAUAGAGCAAUUUUAAAACUAUUAUGUAUGUACUAACGUGGGUUUCUUCUCUGUGUUCCUUACAGCAAACACCUUUGUACACUUAAUUUACUCAUAAUAAAGUUCAACAUCUGCUGAUUAUCCUUAAA